GACUCUGCCAGCAUCGCCGCUGUGAUUCCUGCUAUGGACAGGCUUGACGACCACCUCAACAAUGCCACACGUUGUGACUACCAUCCUGCAAUCAAGGUGGCAAUGAAACUUGCACGAAACAAGAUGGACAGGUAUUGGCGCCACACAGACCAAUCUCAUAUUUCGUUACUUAUGUGUUCUAUUACAGUUCUCCACCCUGGACUCAAACUGGAGUACUUCCGAAAACAGAAUUGGGAUGCUGAAUGGAUUGAGGAAGCUGUAGCACUGACUCGAGCAGAAUAUUCAACGAACUAUGAGGGUAUAGUGGUAACAACAACAGACUCAACCAUGGCGGCUGCGACAAAUGAACCAACACCUUUUUUCGGGUUUGGAGACUACUCUCGGCUGCGACUCUACCCCUACUCAGCCCAUUAA